AUGGUUGUUGGUACAGUAUUACUACAGUUCAUCGACCACCCGCUGUCCCAAGCUCCUGAUCCCAAGGUGGAGUCAGCAUUUGCCGGAUUACACCCCGGGUAUUUUGGGCGCCUCCCCUUACCGGCGGCCCCGACGGCGAAGGAGUCGGAGCUGUUGGCCGCCACCUCCGCGUCAGCCGCGGCGCCCUCCGCCUCCGCGGCCCCCGCGGACGCGACGUCGCCCCCGCUGCCCGCCUCCGGCGCCGCCCCCGCCGACUUCUUCCACAUCGAGUGCCCGCAGUGCCGCAAGGCCUACCCGGGCUUCCAGGCGCUGCGCGAGCACGUGGAGGCGGAGCACCCCAGGAGCGCGGCCCCCGCCGCCCCCGGCGCCAUCUCGCCCCCGACGCCGACGCCCGGCGGCGCCUACCCCUGCCCCCAGUGCAGCGUCACCUUCGCCACCAGGGACCAGCUGGAGAAGCACGAGCUCCUGCAUUCGCCCAACGCCACAGUCUCGUGCAAGAUCUGCAACAAGACGUUCGCGAACGUGUACCGGCUGCAGCGGCACAUGAUCAGCCACGACGAGAGCGCAGUGCUGCGCAAGUUCAAGUGCCCCGAGUGCGACAAGGCGUUCAAGUUCAAGCACCACCUCAAGGAGCACAUCCGCAUCCACAGCGGGGAGAAGCCGUUCGAGUGCGCCAACUGCGGCAAGCGCUUCUCGCACUCCGGCUCCUACUCGAGCCACAUGACGUCCAAGAAGUGUCUCGUGAUGAACCUCAAGGUGGGCCGCGGGGGCGGCCGGGGCCCGUCUGCCGCCGCCGCCGCCGCCGCCGCCAUACAUCGCGGGGCAAAGCGCGUCUCGGCGCCCCUGGCUCCCGGCGGGCACGCCGCCCCCAACAACCACCACCUGCACGCUGGCAACGCCACCACCGGGGCCGGCAGCAACAACGGCGGCAGUAGCCAGUUCCCGCCCAUCCUGCCCAAGUUCGCAGCGGCCGCCGCGGCAUACCUGGGCCGAUACCCGCCGCACGUCGCCACCCCCUACUACGUGCCCGCGCCGUCCGCCGCCGCUCCACCAUCGCACCACGCUGCAGCAGCGGCGGCGGCAGCAGCAGCAGCGGCGCAGGUGCAAUACAAGCUGCAGCAGCCUACGGCGGGUUUUGGCCACCUGUUCCAGCAGCUACCAGCACCCUACCUCCAGCACCAGCUGCAACAGCAGCUGCAUCACUUCCAGGCGUGUAAAGUGGAGGCUCUGCCUGCACCGUCACAGCACCACCAGCAGCACCACGAGCACAGAGAACACCAGGAGGAUCAGACGGCAUCUGGGGCGGAGGACGACCGCGAGCCCCGACGUCCGGUGGUGAAGCAGGAGCGCCUGGAUGAAGACCAGGAGCGAGGGCAAGAGCGCGACCACGACCCCGAGGACAGGGAGCGCCAGUCACCGGAGGGUACCCCGCGACCGGAGUCUGCGGCCGCAUCGGCGCCAGUUAUCAAGCAGGAGCGUAUGGACCACGAGGAAGAGGAAGAGGACCGCGGCUGCUGCGAGGAUGUGGACAUGGAGCAGACCAGGCCCAGUAGUGGCCACCAAAGCCCAGGGUCACCACACGCUGAUCAAGCCAAGGAGGGUGUGGAGCGCCUGCUGGAGUUGGUGGGGUCCACGGUGAGCCGCCGUCUGGUGGAGGCCGGUGCCCAGCAGCUCUCGGGGUCCCCGGCCACCCCCGCUGGAAGCAGCUACUGCUCCUCCUCAUCUGCCUCCAGUGUCGCCAGCGCCUCGUCGCCACUCACACUCAUCCACCCAUCCAACAACAAUAACAGCAUCACAACAAACAACAACAACAACAACAACAACAACAACAACAACAACAACACCCUCGAGGACCUGCAAUGCCGCUUCUGCCACAAGAGGCUCACAUCUGCCGUUGACCUGGAUCAGCAUGAAAGGUUCCUAUGCUGUGGGGGCGGAGGGUCCUCGUCAUCCUCCGCAGCCAGUGGCAGCGGGAGUGAGGGCCUAGCGGCCAAGUUGGAAGAUGCGGUCACCGCCAAGACGGAGGAAAUGUCCAUCAACGGUGGCAGCGACGAGGCGAGCGACGACGACGAGGGAGGCGGCGGGGGCGGAGGGGGUGGCACCGCGGGAUCCACUUCCGGCCUCCCCGGUGCGUCUGCCGGGAACCACGGCUCUGGCGGAGGUGGCCUGGGAGGUGGCAUGGGUCGGACGGGCAAGGUCCGCGUGAGGUCGCUCAUCGCCGACGAGCAGCUGGCGGUGCUCAAGGGCUGCUACGCCGCCAACCCUCGGCCCAAGAAGGACGAGCUGGCACGCAUCGCCGACCGCAUCGGAUUCCCCGUACGUGUGGUGCAGGUGUGGUUCCAGAACACACGAGCACGCGACCGCAGGGAAGGACGGCUAGUGCACGUGCCGUACCAAGCACCGCCCCCACUGGCCCCUCCACCUUCGGGGCUGCCGUCGCCGCCCCCACUCUAUGACCUUACUGCCUGUGAGCAGCCCCUUGACCUGUCGACCAAGCCUCCUUGCAGGAAAUUGGAGACUGUUAAGGCUGAAUGGUCCGACUACUCCUGCGGCGGUGACGAGGCGGCGAUGAAUCUGAGUGUGGGCAAGGCGUCUCCUGCAGCGUCGGCAACGCCCAGCCCGCACCGUAGCACUGCCCUCGACGCAGGGCAGUCUCCGCCCCCGGCACCCGCUUCCGGCCCGGUCGCCACCCCCACCUUCCCCUUCGGCGGUGACGGCGGCAGCCGGCUGGCCCGCAUCCUGUCGCAGCCCCGCGACUUGUUUGCACUGGCGGCCCUGGAUCGGCUGCCCUACGGAGGACCCGAGUCCCCGGCACCCUUCGGCCGCUAUCACGAGAACGGUGGUGACUCCUCCAGUCCGCACUCCGACAAGCGCCCGUGGAAGCAGGGUUACGGGGAUGGCGAAGACACGACGGACGAUGCGGAGGACUCGGGUGGCGACCCAGCUCUGGGCACUUCGCCCUCCAAGAGGCACCGCCUGCUGGCUGCCCUCGGUGGCACUGACCAAGAGGCCGAGGGCCAGUUCGUGUGCGACCAGUGCGACAAGGCCUUCAGCAAGCAGAGCUCGCUGGCGAGGCACAAGUACGAGCAUUCCGGUCAGCGGCCUCACAAGUGUGACGUCUGCACCAAGGCGUUUAAGCACAAGCACCACCUCACAGAGCACAAGCGCCUGCACUCUGGAGAGAAGCCCUUCCAGUGCUCCAAGUGCCUCAAGCGUUUCUCGCACUCCGGAUCCUACAGCCAGCACAUGAACCACCGCUACUCCUACUGCAAACCCUACAGAGAGUAGCUGCCGGACGUCGGCCCCCUCGGCCACCGUCCCGGCCCCGGCUACUCUCGCUGUGGACUGUACGGGGUGUAGCCUCCUGCGGCCGACGCGUGACCUGCCGCUACUACCGCCUCGAGUCCUACCGACAGCGGCCGACCGACUCCGUCGGCAGACGUCCCGGCGGCUGCUACUCCCACGUGGCCCGGGAUCCCGUGUCACCGCUGCCGGCCCUGCAGAGAGUAGGUGACGGCCACCGCCGUACAGGUCGUAGUCGUCACUUGCUGCCGCCUUCGAGACAGUCUGCCACUCUGGCCACGCUCGGUGCUGGGAGCAAAGUAAUACUUCCGCAUGUGUCGGCUACUGUCAUUAUGGCAACAUCUCACAAAACUCUGAACUGAAUGGAUUAUUUCAGCUACACCACUCUGUGGCUCUUCCACAGUACCCAGCACCUCUCACUACGAGCUUCACAGAGACUGGAUAUCGGGUGCUGUGUUAACUGUCACUGUGCAGUGGCGUAUUUUUCAGCUGGUACUGGUUGGAGCACACCACUUGCACCUUGUUGUGUAUGGAGCAAAACUACACCAAGAUAGAUCCUGUAUCGUAUAAUUUGCAGUACGCAAAAGUGCUUGAAAGUCAGUAUUGCACAGUUCCCUAUCUAAGAUGUACUCUUUUUUGCAGCUCGAUUGUCGUAGCUAACCUUGCCAGUUUGACAAUCUCUGGUUCAAAAUACCUUUAAAUCAACUGGUAUUGUGCUUCUCUGCCUUACAGUAUCCACUCAAUACAGGUGUAUUUUUCUCCUGCCGCCGAAGUGUCAACAUUUCCUCUGACCGAUCAUUUUUGCCACUAUCUCUGAGCGGUAUCACUCCAGUUUUUCCGUAUUAGUUUGGCAUGAGGACAUAUUAUUUCAAAAACUUUAAAUCUUGCUAAGUUUCACCAUUAUAAUAUCACAGAUGCCAUUCUUGAAAGUCAUUUCACCUAAUUAAAUACCACCUCGGCUGAUAUUUACUGUAAUUGCAAUUACUGAUCAUUCGUAAUAAUGUAGUUAAACUACUCAAUCUAGUCUACCACUAGAACAUCACGUUUUUGGUAGUUAUUAGCCACAAUACCUUCGAAACCUUGUAUGCCUCUUAAUUAGGUCAACUCGUAACAGGUUCCAAAGCGUAUCCAGUGGCAGAUGUUGAAAUACAUACUUAGCACAUAGUACUUUGUUUGUGUCCUUUGUAUUGUCAUUCAGUUCUGUGGCUUUUUAUAGCUUUUGCCUAAACUCUCAUAUUCAGUUUUCCUGAUCCAGGAUACAGCUAAGACCAUUUGACAGUGAUGGGUGUAAUCUGGCAAAAAUUUACAUCGAUGAACAAUGACUAUUUUGGAGUGCUGAGACAUGCAAAAGCCAUUGCACUUCCAAUUUUCAAAUUCACUGACAUGGUUCUGAAUUAACCCUGCUCUUGAAAGAUCACAAUGUUUUCUAAAAUUACAUAUGGACAGUAAUUUGUAUUUGAUAGAUCACAUUCUAACAAGAUAAAACUGUAAAGAACUUCACUGUGGCCCUGAGAGAGAUGUUUUAAGAAAGUAUCUUUGCUUCUAAAAAGAAAACAAGAAAAAUAUGAUCCAGACUUAAAUUGUUGAAACAUUAAUUGGGCUUUUUUAAUCCCUUUCCUCUAUUUGUCAGACAGCUCUAGUAGUUAAAAUUGCUUAUUUGGAAAAAUCAAUCUUAAUUCACAGUAAUCUCUUUCUGCUUCUCUGUAUAUAACCUUGAGCACUUGUUGUGUAAUGAAUGAGGAAGUAAGUUCCUCCUAGCAACAUACAGCACCAACAUCAUAUAGUUUGUGUCCUACCAGAACAUAUAAUACUGGUAAUAUUGUACCUACUACCUAUGUCACAUCUGGAUUCAAGUAUCUGCUUUUAUUCCUCAAACUUUUUAUGGUAUAACACCCUUUACUUGUUGCAGCUUGACAAUAUAUA